AUGGUAUCUGGCUACUUCCUAGCAGAAUUAUUGAAGAACUAUUUCCACAAAGAAGCUGAUGUCACUCUGGACCCUGACACAGCUCAUCCUAGACUUGAAGUUUCUGAAGGAGGGAAGUGUGUGAGGGACACGGGAGCUGUUAGAAAUGUGCCAAACAAUGAGAAGAGAUUUGACUCCCAGAUGUUUGUGCUGGCAUCUGAAGGUUUUGCAUCUGGAAAACAUUACUGGGAAGUGGACAUUGGGAAGAAAAGUAACUGGGAAUUGGGGGUGGCCCGUGAAGAUGUGUCUAGAAAAGGGAAGAUCACUCUGUCCCCAAAGAAUGGCUACUGGGUCAUAGGGUUAACAGAUGGGAAAGAUUAUUGGGCUUGCACAGAUCCCUGGACCCGUUUAACAGUGAGUGGAAAACCAAGUAAGAUUGGGAUGUUCCUGGACAUGUCAGCAGGAAAGUUGUCAUUUUACAAUGUUGACGGCAAAUUUGUUUUUUACACUUUUACUGAUAACUUUGAAGAGAAACUUUAUUUCUUCUUCUCUACAGGCUCUGCUGUUACAAGAGACACUGAGCCACUGAAAAUCUUUGGUUUUGAAAAACAGUAGAUUCUCUAAGACAAGUUGAGUGAAAUCUAAACCCAGCAAUCAAACAGUAACAUUUGAGGGCUGACUACUCUUCACUUACCUCUUUGAUCUACCUUGACACUUUCUGUAUUCUCUCAGAUGGUGCCAACUGCUCUUGGGGAAUUCUCUCUAGGCUAGGUCCCAGUUUUAUCCUAACUGGUCUCUCUCUAUUCAUCUCCAGGGCCAGCUCCAGGCACCAGCGGAGGAAGCACAUGCCUGGGGUGGCUCAUGUUAAUAGGCGGCAUUCUGUCCAUUCUUGGGGUGGCACAGUCUGGCUGCCUUUGGGUGGCAAAAAUGGUAGAGUUGGCCCUGUUCAUAUCAAAUUAUCCCAGUCCAUCAAGUUAAUAUAAAAUGAGUCAAGCAGCCCUUAAGCUCCAGUUUUCCUUUGUCUCCCUGUCAGUUUCUUAGAGGCAGCCUGGCACAGGUUCUGGUGCCCCUCCACUAUCCCAGGCUGUUCAGCCUUCUCAUCUCUCUCUGUUCUCCUUCUUUUAUCAUUGGACUUGUUUUCCUGAUUGGUCCCAACUGUGGGUGCAGGCCUCCAUGAUUGGCUGUUCUGGCAACUGUGCUGGGGUGUGGUCAGCUUGCUUGGGCAGACUGUUUGUCCUCUCCUGUUCACUGGUGCUCAGUCUGGGAAAGAUGAUGUUGACUUUUAACUCCCAUUGACUGUUUCUUUUUUUUCUGUUUGUCUCACCGAUUGAAAAUGUUUUCAGGCUCCCUCAUCCUUGCUCCCCAAACAAAUAUUUUGAUAUAAAAAUCUUUAAUGUAACAAAACAGUCUAGGUCUGAUUCUAAUCACAGUGGGACCUAAACUUACUCCCUGGCCCAAUACUGAAGCAAUAACUAAAAAUGGAACCCCUCCCGAUCCACUGAAUGUUUUUAAUACCACAGUAGAGAGAAAACCAGGGGUAUAUUCAUGCUACUGCACUCACCAUAAUGAACCAUGCAGCCUUUUUGUCCCUGUCCCUUCCCCAUUAUUAGCUUCUCUGAAUCUAAAUGCUAUUAUUAAGGCUAUCAUUUGGUCAUGGAGAUUGUGGAAGUCACAGAAUCCAUGACUUCCACAGGCCUCCAUGACUUCAGGCCGCAGCAGCUUGGAGCUGCAGGGUACCCCCACCACCCAUGGUGGCUGGGAGCUGCUGGGUACCCCUGCCACCAGGAAUGUAGGGGGCCCACAGCUUCCCAGCUGUUGUGGGCAGCAGGGGAUCUCUGACAGCUCCUCAGCGACCGCUACUGGCAGGGGAAUCCCCUGGAGCUCCUCACUACCAGCAGGUGGUGGGGGGAUCCCCAUCAGGUCCCCACUCCCCUCGAGUGGCAGGUGGUCUCCAGCAGCUCUUCAGCUGCUGCUGCCAGUGGGGGAAUCCCCCAGAGCGGCUCAUCCCCAAGUGGUGGGGGAUCCCCUGCAGCUCCCCAGCCACUAUGGGCAGCGGUACCUCCCAGCUCUCAGCUCCCAGCCAUGGGGCCAGAGCAAGGGCUGCAGCUCCCAGCC